AUGUCCGCCGGCAGAGCUCUUCGCUUGGUUCAGAUGAUGAGACUAUACGAGCUCGACAUGCCUCGGACACCUCACACCAUGCAGCUAGACCAGUAUCAAUGGCAACUCACUCCGGAUCAGGAGGACUGGGUUGAUAUUGAAUCAAAGAGAAGGACCUUUUGGUUUGCAUAUCUAAUUGACUGCUUCACAAGUCUGGUGGAUGGGCUACACAUGUUCUUUGACGAGCAGCUGAUACAAGUGCGCCUGCCGGCUCUUGAGGCAAACUUUGUAAGUAAUCACCCGAUGGAGAUGAGUUUCCUCACAGAUGUGGUCCCGGAUGUCAGCGUUAAGGGGCCACACAAUAACUUAUCGCCCUUUGUAGAGUGUGUCAUCGGGGCCACCAUAUGCGGACGGGUCCUCCAGCAUAGGCAGAACGCCCCGACCAGACCGUGCGAAGGGUUCUGCAGUCGACAUCGAACUCUUAAUGCACUGCUGGCGCAACGGAUUAGGAUGCUGCGAAUCUAUGCAUCACUGGAGUAUCCAGACCCUAUUAUUGCCUUUGUUGCCCUGACGGCACAGGUCGAUGUGCUUAUGCUCUACGACCUGAUUGAAUCCAAACCAUUAGGGACCAGCAUGGAGGGAACGCAGCUUGUUCAAGCCCUCCACGCAGAACACCAACAACAGGCCCUAGAUGCCGUGACUGAUAUCUCUCUGCUGGUGGCCGUACUUGGCCAACACUUCCAGAUGCACCCUUUGACCCCCAUCCUGCUCCUCCUGGGCGCCCGAUUCUCACAAUCCCACCCCGAGCUAAACAACGCCUAUGUCAAGCUUAUGCCCAGCAUCUUAACAAUGUUGCAAGACUCGAUGGGCCUCAACAAGCUCUCACAGAAUUUUUCUUCGACUCUUAAAGCCCCAGGUCGACACGUGGUCUUGGACGGUGUUUUGGAACUUUGGAGUUUUGGUGAUAGCAGCUAUUUGAUCCCUGUUUAG